AUGGACAACCGAACCUUUGUUUCGGACUCCUUACUCCGUCUGACGAACGCGUCAGACCCUACCGUCGUCGACUUCUUUCUCGCCACCGCGACAUCCGCAAAAUCAUCCUCCUCGCUCCAGGAUAAGAUUGCGCCAUUCUUAGAUGGUGAUGCGGGAGAGGUCAGCGCAUUUUGCUCCGAACUUUACAAGCGGGUUGGAAAGUCUACAGCUAGCACAACUACCAGCGCUGGGACCAGCGGCGGGGGUCGAGAUGCGAAAGCUAGCACGGCGGGGAAAGAAAAGAAGAAAUAUCGCCUUCUGGAUAUGGAUGAGAUUGAUGAUGAGGGUGCAAGUGCGAGCGGGAACUCUUUGGGACCAAGGAAUGUUGAAGCUGAGAGGAAAGACAGGGAGAGGAAGAGGCGCGACAAAUAUCAAGAUGGAGAUAGGGAUAGUAAAAGCCGGAGCGGCCGCUCGGAGAAGGAGGAAAGCCGGAAGAGAGAGCGCGAACAUAGUCGGGAUCGGCAUCGGUCGAAGAAGUUGAGACGGCGUGAUGUUGAUGAUUUCGAGGAUCGAUGGGGAGAUGAGGAGGCCUUCGAGGAAGAAGUACAAGAUGCCGACGAGGAAUUCGAGGAAUCACCAGCUAAGAGGACGAGGUUAGACGAUGAGCUUGCAUCACCACGGUCGAGGGAGAAUUCGGCUGAUUUGGAUCCCGAUGAGCGCGCAGAACGGGACCGGAAGCGGGAUCUUGAAGAACGUGAUGCCCUCGCGAAGCGACUGGCGAGCAAGGAUGAUAAGCGGUCGAAGAAAAUCGUCGAAGAUCGGACAAAGGAUAGUGAAGCUGCAAAACGACGAGCGUUGGCAGAUGAUUCGAAAGCUAGGGCGGCUGCUAUGCCGGACCUGAGGCUGCGAUCGCGACAGGAGUAUCUCAAGAAGCGAGAAACGGAGCGCCUAGCUCUUCUGAGGAGACAAGUCGCGGAAGAGGCGCAGGAAUUGCGUGAAAACCCGAAUCUGACGCGGAGAGAGAAGGAGGAGUUUGCGCGCAAUCGUGAGGUGUUGCGAAUCGCAGAGGAGCGGCUACGCAUCGAUGACCACCGCGAUGGGUAUAUGAUUCCAGAAGACUAUAUAACGGAGAAGGGGAAAAUUGAUCGGAAGAAGAAGGAGGAUGCUCUUUACAAGCGCUACGUGGAUCGCGAUGAACUCGGCCAAGAGAAGUUCGUUACAGAGCAUGAGGAAUGGGAGCUGGAGCAGACAGCCAAGGCCAAGGCCCAGAUCAACCGGGCAGAGUUCGUGGACGAAGGCGAUUACGAAUAUGUUUUUGAUGAUACGCAAAAGAUCAAUUUCACCAUGGAUGCCCAGAUGAAGGGCACACGCAAGACUAUGACCCAGGAGCAACGCGCGCUUCAAGAGAAACUUGACGAGGCAGAAAAGAAGGCCCAAAGUAUCGAGGACACCCGGAAGAAGCUCCCCAUAUACCAAUUUCGAGACCAAAUCAUUCAAGCAGUCGAAGAUCACCAGGUACUGAUCAUUGUUGGAGAAACGGGAUCUGGAAAGACGACUCAGCUUCCGCAAUACCUACAUGAGGCAGGGUACACCAAGAACGGAAUGAAGGUUGGCUGCACGCAACCACGACGAGUUGCAGCUAUGAGCGUUGCAUCACGCGUUGCAGACGAGAUGGGUGUGAAGAUAGGCAAUGAGGUCGGUUAUUCUAUUCGAUUCGAGGACAAUACGAGCGACAAAACGGUGCUCAAAUAUAUGACCGAUGGCAUGCUGCUACGUGAGCUCCUUACAGAGCCGGAUUUAGGGCAGUAUUCAGCCCUAAUGAUCGAUGAGGCACACGAACGUACUGUGCCAACAGAUAUUGCUUGCGGCCUUCUAAAAGAUAUUGCCAAGGCACGGCCAGAUUUAAAGUUGCUGAUCUCUUCUGCUACCAUGGAUGCGCAGAAGUUCCAAAGCUAUUUUGAUAAUGCCCCCAUCUUCAAUAUUCCUGGGCGCAUGUACAACGUCGACAUUCACUACACGCAGCAGCCAGAGGCUAACUACCUCGCUGCUGCUAUCACGACAGUAUUCCAAAUUCACGUUUCUCAAGGCCCGGGAGAUGUUCUUGUCUUUUUCACCGGUCAGGAAGAAAUUGAGGCAGCCGAGCAAAGUUUACAGGAAACAGCAAGGAAGCUCGGAAACAAAAUACCGGAAAUGAUUAUAUGUCCGAUUUACGCUAAUUUACCGUCCGAUAUGCAAGCUAAAAUCUUCGAACCAACGCCCCCCAAAGCCCGCAAGGUCGUGCUAGCUACCAAUAUUGCGGAGACAAGUUUAACAAUUGACGGGAUUGUUUACGUGAUUGACCCUGGUUUUGUCAAGGAGAAUGUCUUCAACCCCCGAACCGGCAUGGAGAGUCUCGUGGUCACGCCCUGCUCACGAGCAUCAGCAAACCAACGAGCGGGUCGAGCAGGUCGAGUGGGACCAGGAAAAUGUUUCCGCUUGUAUACCAAGUGGGCAUACUACAACGAGCUAGAGGAGAGUACGACGCCUGAGAUCCAACGGACCAACCUAAGCAGCGUGAUUUUGAUGCUGAAGUCGCUUGGGAUUGACCAACUUCUUGAGUUCGAUUUCAUGGAUCCGCCGCCGGCGGAGACGAUCAUUCGGGCAUUGGAACAACUUUAUGCGUUAGGAGCACUGAACGACCGCGGGGAGCUAACCAAGAUUGGGCGACAAAUGGCUGAAUUCCCAACAGACCCGAUGCUCGCCAAGGCAAUCCUGGCUGCCGAUAGUCAAGGCUGCGUGGAGGAGGUUCUCUCGAUUGUCUCGAUGCUGGGCGAAGCCAGUGCGCUUUUCUUCCGGCCAAAGGACAAGAAGAUCCACGCAGACAGCGCACGGAAUCGAUUCACAAUCAAAGACGGCGGCGACCAUCUAACCCUACUCAACAUCUGGAAUCAGUGGGUCGACUCUGACUUCAGCUACGUCUGGGCAAAAGAAAACUUCCUACAGCAACGCAGUCUUACUCGAGCGCGUGACGUGCGUGAUCAGCUCGCGAAGCUCUGCGACCGCGUCGAGGUAACUGUCAGCUCCUGUGGCUCAAACAACCUCAUUCCCAUCCAAAAGUCCAUCACUGCCGGUUUCUUCCCGAACGCAGCGCGUCUCCAGCGCGGUGGUGACAGUUACCGCACCAUCAAAACAGGACAAACGGUAUACUUACAUCCGUCAAGCACCCUGUUCGAGGUGAACCCGCGAUGGGUGAUCUACUUCGAGUUGGUUCUCACGAGCAAGGAGUAUAUGCGUAGUAAUAUGCCCCUCCAGGCGGAAUGGCUGGUGGAAGUCGCACCGCAUUACUACAAGAAGAAGGACCUUGACACGCUGGGCACCGAGCGGAAACCGAAGGGGCAGGGGGCGGCAGGGGAAAAGAGUCGUGAUUAA